GGCAAGUCGGAAGGGGAGUGAGCGCCGAGCGGAGUAUCCAGCUGCACCAUACACGUCUUCUUUCAUUUGUGUGUCUGUCUGUGUUUGCAAUAAAUUGAAAGAAGACUUCUCAUGGAAAGGAUUUUUACAAUCUUCUUCCAGACUUUUCUGCGCUGAGUUAACUGGUUUGUUUCCUUACAUCACCUCGACAACUCCACAGACCCGGGCACAAUGAUGAACAACAGAGAUCGUUGGAAGGUGUACAAGAGUGUGGCUGUCAUGUUCUGCCUUGCGGUGGUGGCACUGACUGUUGUCCACAGGGGAAGCAUCAACAUGGUGGCUCAGUCCCAACUCGAGAGGCUGGCUCGCAUGGAUGCCUCGGACGGAGCGCAAUCUGGCGCUUUACACUCCUCUCGGAGAAUAACGAGUUUUUGGAAGACGAGCAAACGCCGUCUUUUUCCACCUGGUCGGUCAACCACCCAGAAGUCCCAUGUCACUGAAGAAAAAACUCCUACAACCUGGGGUGUAACCAACUCCAACUGUAGCGCCAAUCUCAAUUUCUCAGGCCAGCAUUGGUUCCGGGGCUUGGAGGAAAAUUUCAAGCAGUUCAUGCUUUAUCGACACUGUCGUUACUUUCCAAUGCUCCUCAACCAUCCUGAGAAGUGCUCAGGGGACGUAUAUUUACUCAUGGUGAUCAAGUCGGUGGCUACCCAGUAUGACCGUAGAGAGGUCAUUCGGAAAACUUGGGGAAAGGAGCGAGUGUUGAAUGGCAAGAGGAUAAAGACCCUUUUCCUUCUUGCUGCACCUUCCAACCGUGCCGAAAGAGCAAACCAUCAGAAGCUUGUGGAGUAUGAGAACCAAAUCUACGGCGAUAUCCUCCAGUGGGACUUCUUGGAUAGCUUUUUCAAUCUCACCCUGAAGGAGACUCAUUUCCUCAAAUGGUUCCACACCUACUGCCCGAACGUUCGCUACAUCUUUAAAGGGGACGAUGACGUCUUCGUCAACGUGGAGAACAUUUUCGAGUUUCUCGACAGCACGGGCCAUGUGAGGAAUCUAUUUGUUGGGGAUGUGAUUUUUAAGGCCAAGCCAAUCCGCAGAAAGGAAAACAAGUACUACAUCCCACAAGCUCUGUACAACAAAUCUCAUUACCCUCCAUAUGCUGGCGGAGGAGGUUUUCUGAUGGAUGGAACGGUGGCACGGAGGCUUCACUGGGUGGCAGACACCCUGGAGUUGUACCCCAUUGAUGACGUCUUCUUGGGUAUGUGCCUCGAGGUGCUUCAGGUCACUCCGAUAAAACACAACGCCUUUAAGACGUUUGGCCUUGUGAAAAACAAGAGCAGUAAGUUGAACAGAGAACCUUGUUUCUUUAGGAGCAUGAUUGUUGUUCACAAACUGCUCCCGUUGGAACUUCGACAUAUGUGGAAUCUGGUCAACAGUGACCUGGUAUGCUCGCAGAAAGUCGAGAUCCUAUAGCUUGACGAGGACAAGGGAAUGGACAGCGCCCAGAACGUUAGCUGAAUGUUGAUCUCUGCUGAAAUUGGCGAGCAAUGUAUAUUCUCCUUUCUGUGGAGAGAAAAUGGGACAGCAUUUGCCAGCUCUGCGCUCCGCAAAGAGGUUCUUUAAAAUCCCCUAAUUUAUAGCGUGGGAAAUUGUGGUAUUUAUAAGGUAGUUCCAAGAUCUAAGAAUGGAAACACAAAAGAAAAUGUAGUAAAGUGAUCUUUGUGAUAUUGCUUGGUGCUCAGUGACACUGUGGGCUUCCAUCCUUGAGCAUAAUUGUCUAAUUGGUCAAUGAUAUAACUGAUAAUAAACCUACAAAUGUGACCUCUAGUAAAUAACUUAUGAAUGUUUAUGCCUGUCCAAAGAAACAAAUCCUUACUUUUUUUUUUAAAUGACUUGGCAAUAAAAAGACGCCUGCUAUCUUUUAUCUGGGUGUAGGAGUGUGGCUAAAAGGCAUCAGCCUAUACCAUAAAAUCCCCAGUGCUCUUUGUUUGGACAAGCAUAAACAUUUGAAUCAAUUGUUGUAUUGCACUUGGCAAAUAAUGUGACUGCCAUGAACAUCUGCUACUCCAUAGUACUGGGAUUGUUGGUAUUUAAAAAAUAGGUUUAUAUUAUGACCCUGUACUAAAUUAUUAGCGGUACGAAUAUGUAAGAUGUUAAUUUAAGAGUCCUGUCCUUGACAAAUGUGGGGUUGAUGUUUAAUUUUAAAGCAUGGAAUCCAUGAUAACUCCAUAUUGGGAGUGGAUGUUAAGCAAUAUUCUGUAUGCGAAUAUGAAAGUGUGAAUAAAUAUCCCAGUUUGGUGCCAGCAA